GCUGCGCUUUGCACGCUCAUGCUGGCCCUUCUCGCCGCGCCCGCGCUGUCGGUCGUCUCGACCGCCAGCGCCGCCUCCUCGCCGCGGCUGGCCGCGCGGAGCGCUCUGCUGCGCUCGCUCGAGCCAAACAGUCCGCCGCGCCUGCUCAACGCGGAGCACAUGGCGCUGAUCGGUCAGCUCGAGGCGGCAGGCACGACGCCCACGACUGAGGAUUUUCUCCAGCUGGGCCUCCAGGGACGGUGGGCGCUGUGCGCGACAAUCCGCAACGCAGGCUUGCUCGAGCCGGGAAUGUCUCCCGCGCACGCCGCGGCCAGCGGCGCCGGCGGCGCGGCGGGCGGGCUGCUUCCGAUCGGCAUCGCCCGCGCGGAGACCGCCCUCAGCAUCGGCAACAGCACGGUCCGCUCGCGAGCCUGGUUCCAGCUGCUCGAUGGAGAGCGGAAGCAGGUGGGGGCGCUGCUCGACGUCGAGUCGCGGUUCGCGUUCGAGUCGGACAGCGUGACGGGCGCGAGGCUGUUGGCCCUCCGGCCCGCCCGCCCGCCUCGGCUCGCGCUCAAGACCAACGACCUCGGGUGCUCGAUCGACGCGCUGGUCGAGGCGCUGCACGCACAGCUCUCGCCCGAGUUCGCUCUGGUGGAGGGCGAGCAGUAUGACCGGCUCCGGCUGAGCACAACCUACCUGGACGAGUCGCUCUGGGUGGCGAGGGCGGCGCCCCACUGCUGCUCCGUCUUCUACCGCGCCGACGACGAGAUGGCCUGGCUCUCGGGCGUCCAAUAGCUUGGCUUGUCGACAACACCGUGCGCGGGGAAGGAGCGCGCGAAGCGCAGACUCCCCGCCUUCAUUGGCAGCCUUGGCCGCACAUGCGACAUGCGCGGUCGUCGGGUGCUCUUGUCCUGUUCACGGCGCUUUCGCACAAAAGCGUUACGUCGUUGCUUGUGGUUCUCGUGGUGCUGCUGUGCACAGAAUCCAUAAAAAAGAAAUAAACCUCGGC